AUGAGUGAGAGGAUUGCAUCAAAUACACAGGUAGCUAAAGUUGUCAUGGAUGCUGAAGAGAUUAAAAUUGCAAACAAGAAAGGCUUGGAAUCUGUUAUUUCAGCUCCAAGUGAUGAAGACAAGGAUGAGGAGUAUCGAGCACCACUGUACAAACAAGUGGAGAUCCGUGGCAUUACUGUGCGCAUGAAGUGGUGUGUCACCUGCCAGUUCUAUCGACCACCACGCUGCUCUCACUGCAGCGUCUGCAACAAGUGUAUUGAGACCUUUGACCACCACUGUCCGUGGGUGAACAAUUGUAUUGGGAGGAGAAACUACCGCUUCUUCUUCCUCUUCCUUCUGUCUUUGUCCAUCCACAUGGUGGCGAUAUUCAUCCUCUGCAUUCAUUUCAUCAUGAAUCACAAGAAUCAGCUUUCCUCCAUUGAAACCAUUGUGGCGAUCUGCAUCUGUGGUGUGAUAGCCCUCCUCCUCAUCCCCAUCUUUGGCCUCACGGGCUUCCACAUAGUUUUGGUCUCCAGGGGACGCACCACUAAUGAGCAGGUGACUGGCAAGUUUCGGGGCGGCAUCAAUCCCUUCUCCCGUGGGUGUUUGCGCAAUUGUUGCUAUGCUGUCUGUGGACCUCAGUAUCCAAGUGUGUUGAAACCAAAGAAGUAUAUGACAAAGAGCAAGAUGUUCAUGUUACGUCCUCCACCUGGAAUGGCACAGCCUACUAGCCCCAUAGCUCCAAUUGGUGCUUCACAGGUCAAAGUGUACACCGAUGUCAGUGCUGGUGCUAGCAAUGGACUUAAUCUCAGUGCCAAUGCUUAUAAUCGGAUGGUUGCAAGUGAGAUGGCAGAGUAUGAGAUGGAGGGAAUGGGAGGAAGCCAGUCUGUAGACUGUGAGGCAUCUCCACCUGUCUCCCGAAUUUCAUCAGGAUUGCACCAGACAGGUUCCAAGGUGAAUUUCUUUCAAACUGGGGAAGAGGCCUCCCCUCGCAAGGGGACUGUGAACAUGAGCCGCACCGCCUAUCCUAAAGGAUCUCCUCAUCCAAGGCACAGGGAGACAGAGUUCUAUCGCACGGGUUCCAUGAGAUCCUGGAGUCAGACCCCAGAUGGAGGUCUCCAGCAGUCGCCAAGCCAGCGAAUCAAGUCCAUGGGAGGAGUGGCCACCCCAUUUGCUAUGUCGGCAAGGCGCUCCACUCCGGGUACCCCAGUGAACCAUGGGGGUGCUCCACGUCGCCCCAAUGACAUCCCGGUCUAUCUCCCACCGUACGUGCCUCCAACUCGCAAGACAGCCUCUGAGGGCACCAUCCGUCACUCCUCGGAUGACCGAGGCAUCGAUCAGAUCCCUGAACUGGCAAGUUCUCCACAGCGAGGGAUUUACACUUGGCGUGAGCCAUCUCCUCCUGGACCCCCGAAUCAUCGAUCACAUCCUAAUUCUCCUGCUGAUCAACCAGAUCAGUAUCAUCACCUGGCCAUGCCCCCUUCCCCACAUCUGCCUCGUAAGCACUACGAUCAUGGAGGCUAUCAUCCCCAACCGAUGGGCAUGCGAGUACUUCCUAGCCCACAGCAUCACCGUCCCAUGACAUUCUCACAUGCGAUGCAGGUGAGUGACUCCAUGGAGGCUCAGCAGGCCCAUGGGGUGCAAUUUGUGCGGCGUGGUAAGCCUCUGUCCCCCUCAAGUGGUGAUUCUGAGCGCCGAAGCGUCUAUGACAUGAACUAUGAGAUUUCUGUGUGAUAUUUUGAAGAGCGAUCAAAUGACAAAAAAACUUAUUCUCAGUGCACAUCCUCAGACAAAAAUAUUGCAGAAAUAUAUAAUAUAAUUGCAGGACAGAAACAGGAGAAGGAAAUAUUUAUUCAACAGUGUGAUAUUUUUCCUCCUCUGGAGAAAUCUCGUGUGGCAAAAUGCCAUCAAUUCUGUGUGUUCAAGACUCAUGAGUGCAUCAAUAUUAAGUCCCCUGUGCCAAAUCUAUAUCCAAUCUGAAGAGUUUGUGUGCAUCCACGCAUGUAUGUGUUUGUACGUAAGUGUGUGAAUGUGCAUGUUGUGCCAUCCCAACCUCUGUUGUUGCUUGCAUGAGUUCUUUACUUGCCUCUAUUAUGAUAUUGACCGACAGGAAGCGAUUCAAAUUGAUGUACUUGCCUAAUGAUAGUAAGAAUUUGCCCAAACAAACUUUUGUAGUGGAAUUCUUCUAGGUCAAUUUGAAAUAAGAAAAUAUCUGUUGUGCACGAGCAGCUGCAUUGCACUCAGCCAUUAGGGGAGCAGGGGACGCUACAUGGUGAGCAUGUAAGCAUCAGAAAAGUGAAGAGUAGUAAAUUUCUUGUCUGAGUUCCAAUUGAUCUGAUAAUUGGAUCUCCAAAAAGUACUGCUACAAAAAUUGCCAUGUCAAGCAUGUCCAUGUUUCCAAGGAAUUGCUUUUUUUAUAUUAAUCAAGGAAACAUGGUAUAUCAUGGGACAUUAUAUCCAUUGUGAUUAUAGUAUUUUAUCUUCUGGAACAUGUUCCUCCAUGAAUUAUGAAGAAUGUUUAUUUGAUUCAAAUGCUGUUUAUAUAUCAGUCUUCCCCUAGUCCAGGUAUGAAGGAGGUAGCCUGUACACAGGGGUAUGCAAAGUACAGCCAGAUCCGUCACAUUACAGGUUUCGCAUCCAAGUAAAUAAAAUGCAAGUAGGAUUGUAUGCUAAGUAUCCUUUAUGAAGUUUCUCAUCUAGAAAAAAUUGAAACAUUUUUUUGACUAUAUAACAUACUCCAUUCUUUCUAUUUCCAAUGUUGCCCACCACUCCAAAACUUCGUGCAUCCCUUAGGUAAUGUAAUUCUACAAGGCCUUCUUCAUUUAGCAUGCAACAGAACCUGGCCCCUAGCUUCAUGUCUACCUGUACCUCUAAUGUUUGAAUGCUCUGUGCUCUUGAUCUCAUAUGCAUCUCUCUCUCUUCUCUUUUCAUCGUUCACUCAAGUUAUCAUGGUUUGAUUUUUGACUUUUGGAUAAGUUUGCCAGCUGUGAUUUCUUGUCGUAUUUCUUUUCCCU